UGCACUGCUAAGAAAUACGCCCACGUCUCUUCACGACACAUAUUCUACAUUUACGGCCUGGUUGUUUUCAGCCGCAAAGUAAAACGCGUGGAGUCGGAGGAAGGUUAAAGUGAAUCCCACAAAAAUACGCAGUGAUGCCGUUUUUGGACCUCCAGUCCCGGUUUGGUGUCAACCUUGACGGCUGGCUGCUGCUGCAGAGCGGACAGCAGCCCAACCGGAGAGCGGCUCGCUGCCACGCCUUCGAGAAGGAGUGGAUCGAGUGCGCCCACGGCAUCGGGCAGACCCGCGCCAAGAAGGAGUGCCAGCUGGAGUUUGAGGACUUCUACGAGUGCAUGCACAGGCAGAAAACACACCAGAGGCUGCAUGCCAUCAGUCAGCAGCGUGACAAGAUGGUGAAGGCGGGGACCUACACUCCGCCAGCCUGCCACGCGGGAAAGCCCGACGAGGCGCCAUGAGGGGACACGGGACCGUCCUGCUCUUUGUUUAUAGAAAGUCACACGUCCUUGUUUCCAAAUAAAUGUUAUCAUUAAAGAUC